AUGGGGGAAGGAUGGCACAGAGGAAGCGGCAGCGUGGGCAGGAGGGUCCCAUGGCGGCCGUGGGGCACAGGGAGUGCGCAGUGGGGAUCCGGGUUGGCCCCCGGUGCUCUGGGGGUGCUGGGGGGGCACCCCGGAGCUGUGUCCUGCACUCACAAGGGUGUUCCAGGGGAUGAGAUUGAAGAGUGUCACUUGUUGAACGGCACGGAGAAGGUGAGGUUCGUGGAGAGGUUCAUCUACAACCGGGAGCAGUUCCUGAUAUUGGACAGCGACGUCGGGGUGUACGUGGGGUUCAUCGUCUAUGGGGAGAUGAAUACCAAGCGCUCUAACAGGCACCCGGUUCACAUGGAGUACUACCGGGCUUUGGUGGACACGCAGUGCUGGCGAAACUACGAGCUUUAUGCCCCUUCACAACGGUGGAGCGCCGAGGUGAGCGCGGGGCAGAGCGCGUCCCCUCGGCCCCUGCCCUGCCAAUGACCCUGGAACUCCUGAAAUUCCCAGUAUCCCUCGAGUCUGGGAAUCGCCUCAGAGGCCGCAGCCCUCUUUGUGUCCAUCACUGGGACAUCCUCUCCCACCCAAUGACCCCCCCGUGGCUCCUCCAGCCCAUCCCAGUCCAUCCCGGUCACUCCCAGUGCUCCGCGGCGCGUCCAUCUCGGUCGAGCGUAGAGAUAACGCCUCUCAGCCAAUCACAGCUCGUCCCUCCGAUGACCCAUCUGUUGCUAGGAUGAUCCGCAGAUCCGAGUGCCCCGAGCUGGACUCGGCCUCGCAGCGCCGCGCACGUCAUUGCCAGUUCCAUCCCAGUCCAUUCCCAGAUCCCUCCCAGUGCCACCGCAGUCCCUCCAACUCCCUCCCAGACCCUUCCAGUCUAUUCCCAGUCCACUCUCCGACUUUCACGCUCUCUCAUAGUGCCGAGUGCCCCUCCCACCUUUCUCAGUGCCACUCCAGUCCCUCCCAGUUCAUUCCCAGACCAUCCCAGUUCCAACCAGCCCCUCCAAGUCAAUUACCAGUCUAUUCCCAGUCCAUUCCCAGUUCACGACAAGACUUCCACCGUCUCUCCCAGUACCCUCCAUCCUCUCCCACCUCUCUCGGUGCCACUCAACUCCCUCCCAGUCCAUUCCCUGUCCCUCUCCACCCCACUAAAGCCCUCCCCUCUCCCAGUGCUCCCCAGCUGAUUCCAGUGUGUCCCCACUCUCUCCCUCUCACAGUGCCCCCAAUGUGUCCCUCUUGCUGGUGCCCUCGAGCUCCCAGCCUGGCCCCAGCCGCCUGCUCUGCUCCGUCAUGGAUUUCUACGCUGCCCACAUCCAGGCGAGGUGGUUCCAGGGCCAGCAGGGGCUCUCAGACCACAUGGUGGCCACCGACAUGGUCCCCAACAGGGACUGGACUACCAGCUCCUGGAGCUGCUGGAAACCCCCACCCCCAGGGCAGGCUCACCUACACCAGCCAGGUGGAGCACGUCAGCCUGGAGCACCCCCUGAGCUGCACUGGGAUACGGGGGAGCCCCCGGGGGCACUGGGAGAGCCACUGGGCUGUGCUGGGAGCCACUGGGAAGGAGCUGAAGGGAGCUGUCUUGGAACUGGAAGAGGGGCUGGGGGCUUGGCAAUG